UGUGUGAUGACGUGUCAUAACUUCGAACCCCGUUCAAAGAUGCCCGGCCAUUCUGAGGGUGAACCAAAAGCUUGAUGAUGUAAAAUGAUCAAUCUUUAACUACGAGACGGGAAGACAAAUGCAUUUCAAAAGACAUGUUACUGGUCUUAUAUUUUGUUUCUUUUAUGUAGUAUCGUAUUUCACGAAUAAGUAUGUCCUGUCUGUCUUGAAAUUUACAUAUCCAACCCUAUUUCAGGGAUGGCAGACUUUUAUUGGGGGCCUGCUGCUUCUGCUCUCUGGGAAGCUUGGAUUGGUGGAUAUAAGUGGCUUUCCCAGGUCAGCAGCACUUUCCUGGCUUCCGGGAUCCCUCCUGUUUGUAGGGAAUAUUUAUGCUGGGUCCAGAGCUCUUUCAUGCUUGCCUAUCCCUUUCUUCUUCACUCUUCACAAUGCUUCUGAAGUGGUGAAUUGCCUGAUCCUGAAGUUAACCCAGAUGGAGCGAAUUCCAUGGAUGAAGCUAUUAAGUGUGAGUCUGCUGUUGAUGUCGGCCAUCAACCUCCCCCUCUAUGACCCUCAGUUUGACUCUGGUGGUUACAUGUGGGCCUUGGCACAUCUCUUCUGUGUUGGUGCCUAUAGAGUGUUCCAGACACACUUCAAGUCCAGUCAUUUGAGUGACCUUGAACAACAAUACAUCAACUAUUUGUUCAGUGUGUUGCUGUUGGCCUUCGCUGCACACCCUACUGGUGACCUAUUUGGUGCCUUGGAAUUCCCUUUCCUCCUGUCCCCAAGAUUUCACAGUGGCUGUUGUGCCAGUGCCUUGUUGGGUUUUUUCUUGCUGUUGGCAUCAGUCAAACUAAAGAGUGGUUUACCCCUUGAGCACUGCGGGGUCUGGAUCUUUUUGUCCAAGGUGUUUGCCACAUGCCUAUCCCCACUUGUUUUUAACAUUGAAGUUAACACGUCAACUUUCUGCUGUGUUUUCUUCAGCCAUGUUGGAGAAGCCCUGCUGGUGUACUCUGAAAGUACUUCCCAAGUGCGAUGAGACCUUUGCGAAAGAAACUACU